AUGGCUUCUCGCUACGAACUCCAAGUUCGGGUGGCAUCAGCCCGCCGGCUCAAGAACGUCAACUGGCGCCACGGCCCCAACCGCCCGUACGCCGUCGUUUGGGUCGACCCCAAUAACAAGUGCUCCACACGUGUGGACGAGGACGGCGACACCCAGGCCAACUGGGACCAAACGCUCAUCAUUCCGUUGCCGCCGGAGCCCCUCCAGGACCUCACUCUCUUCAUCGACGUCGUCCACGCCGCUUCUGAGCACGAGGACACCAAUCCCUUCAUCGGCUCGGCUCGGCUCAGUCUUCUCGACGUCGGAAUCGGCGAGUGCGCAACCCACGCCUUCACGCUCAAGCGCUCUUCCGGAAGACCUCAAGGCAAGGUUGAGGUUAGCGCGACUGUCAGAGAACCGGCCUACCGCACGCAGGGGGGAUACUGCACUCCUCCUUACGGCGUCCCCCCGCCCCAGCAGCCUCAAACAGCCUCAAACGGGGAAGAAGUUUUAUUUAAACUAAUUUAA